GGUCCCCUCCUUUCCUCCCAGCCGGGAGGCGGCGCGGAGAGACCGGUUGUGUGGUGCGGUGCAGUGGGGUGCGGUGCGGGCAGCCCCCGGCCCCAGCCGAGCCUCCGCGCCAUGCCGGCCGCCGCGCCGCCCACGCUGCACCCCGCGGCGGGGUCCUGCUGCCCCUACGGCCACUGCGCGGGGCGCCGAGGCUUCUUUGACCAUUCGUCACACAACGGAAGCUCAAAAGUAAGAGAGAGGAAACUACAUGGGACUUGUCCUCCUGUUGGUCGUGGAAAUGCUGGAAAACCUUGUUCGAGUGAAAGCAGUCAUAGGCCCCCAUGUUUUAAUCCCCGCAAUGGUUUUCACACAAUACAUUCAGAGCACAGUCCUGUGAAGCCGAGGAUUAUCACAGUGGUGAAACCUGGUGGACACACACUCAGAAGGAUAACCUUGCUUCUCAACAGGAGAUCGGUCCAGACCUUUGAACAGCUGCUGGCUGACAUUUCAGAAGCUCUGGGUUUUCCACGCUGGAAGAAUGACCGUGUGAGAAAGCUUUACAAUCUGAGAGGCAGAGAAAUCCGAAGCGUUUCUGACUUCUUCAGGGAAGGUGAUGCGUUCAUAGCUAUGGGGAGGGAGCCCCUUACUUUGAAAAACCUGGAAGUGGUGUUACAAGAACUUUAUCCUGAAAAUCCUUAUGCUGCCUGUGCUGCUAUUCAGCAGAAUGAGGAGCAGUCCCAAAAACUGAAGAGCAGGCUGUAUGACAAGGCUUUGAUAGUGGACAGUGGCUUUGAUGAGACAGAAAUUGCCAAGAGCUGCAGUGAUGGCAUGUCUCCAAAACUGGCAACUGGACAUGAGGGGAAAAGUCAAGCCAAGACAAAGCAAGAGGAAAAAAUGAGAACCAAAAAAAAGUGGACUAGAGGGAGCCGGGAUGGUGAACAUGGAAUAAAGCCUUCUAGAAAAACCCAAGAAAGUGAGAGGUACCUUAACCAUGAACGAAGUUCUGAGGAGGGAUUAGGAGAGAGUUUAGAGGAGUUGGUGAGGUGUGAGAAGUGUGAACAGGAAAGGCAGGCCAGACAAAAGUUACAAAGGGAAAGGCAGGCUGAGGCCUCAUUUGAGAACAGAGACCUGAACACAGGUGCAUGUCAGAGGUACCAGAUAGAAAGAAAUGCAAAAAUCAGGAAUUGCCGAAAAUCUUCAGAGGUUUGUCUGGAAGGUGAGGAAGUUGGUUGGAAAGGUAAUGGCUGUAGGAGGACGUGGAAGCCCCUGCCUAGGAAUGAUAAUGAAGGGCUGGAGAAGCAAAAAAGGAGCAUAGAGAAGGAAAGGGAUGUGGAGAAACGUGAAAACCAUGGGAAGGAAGUAGUGAAAAUCAAGAAGAAUACUAUAGAAGGGCUGCAGCUAACUCGUGAAGUGAGGGAAGAGAAUGGAAGUAGCUGUGUAAUGAACCAAAGUGGUUGGCUAAAGAAAGACUCUGCAAGGGAUGCUGAGAGACCAUCUAAGACAUAUAGAGAAGGCAGAGAGGGACAAAGGGCUAAAGAGGAGGGUGCUAGAGGAGAGGGGAAUAUUGCACAUAGAGAGGGUGACAUGACACGACGAGAAAAAAUGGGGGAGCGCAGAGUCAAUAAAGAAGAAAACAAGGCUCAGGGAUUGGAAAACGCAAGCCGGAGGCACGCCAUUAAAAGCAGAACUGAUGUGGAAAAGCACUAUGAGAUUGGCAGAACUAUUGGGGAUGGGAACUUUGCAGUGGUGAAGGAAUGUCGCCACUGUGACUCCAAUCAGAUCUAUGCCAUGAAAAUUGUUGACAAAUCCAAGCUGAAAGGGAAAGAGGACAUGAUGGAAAGUGAAAUUCUGAUCAUUAGGAGUCUCUCUCAUCCCAACAUAGUAAGCUUAAUUGAAGUGUAUGAGACAGAAGCUGAGAUCUACCUAAUCCUGGAGUAUGUCCCAGGAGGGGACUUGUUUGAUGCAAUCAUAGAAAGUGUGAAGUUCACGGAGCAUGAUGCUGCUGUCAUGAUCACUGACCUGUGUGAAGCACUGGUUUAUAUUCACAGCAAGAACAUUGUCCAUAGGGACCUCAAACCAGAGAAUCUUUUGGUGCAGCAUAAUGCAGAUAAAACUACUACAUUGAAACUAGCAGAUUUUGGCCUUGCAAAGCAGGUUACAAAACCCAUAUUUACUGUGUGUGGAACACCAACGUAUGUGGCCCCUGAAAUACUUGCUGAGAAGGGCUAUGGGCUUGAAGUAGAUAUGUGGGCAGCUGGUGUGAUCCUUUACAUUCUGCUCUGUGGGUUUCCCCCUUUUCGCAGUCAGGAACGUGAUCAAGAAGAGCUGUUUCAGAUCAUACAGCUGGGUCACUAUGAGUUCCUUUCCCCAUAUUGGGACAAUAUUUCUGCAGCAGCAAAAGACCUCAUAACCAGGCUGUUGAUAGUGGAUCCCCAGAAGCGCUACACGGCACGGCAAGUACUUCAGCACCCUUGGAUCAGAACAGCUGGAAAAACGAACAGCAGGAAUUUGCAGAGGGAAGUGACAAUAAACAUUGAGCGACAUUUCCGGGCCCAGCGCCGAAAGGAAGUUACAGAUGAGGACACGUGAAAUCUCUUCAAGCUCAUUUAGACUUUGUGUUAUUGAUUAACAAAUUGUUUAAGUUUUCUAAAUCAAUUAGGCCCUUAGUAUAUAACCAUGCCUUUUUUAAUUUUUUUUUUUUUGUUAUUCUGAGAUUCUGAAGAAGGACAGAGAUCAAAUUUGCAUCCACCUCCCUCUGAUGUUGUGUGGUGGGAGUCUCUCUGACAGCAGUGGGGACUAGGUAUUUCCUGGAGGAUAUAUAUUAUUUUUCUUUACUGAUUUGGGCUUUUACAUUACAAAAUGUAUAUCUGUUUUACAUGACAAAUAUUUGCUUCUGUGGCUGACACUAGAGAUGACUCUUCUCUUGUCUCUUUUUGUGUCAUAUUUUCCAGGAGUUCUGUUUAUAAUUUGUGUUUAUAAUGUAUUCAAAAUAGCUGUCUGUGUACACAUCCUGCACUAAAUCUCUAAACUGUCUUUUCACCAAUUCCUGCUAGCAAUGGAGAAGGUGAAGAAAUUAAAAGAAUAAAUUUUUUUAGCUGUAGGAUAUGUUAAAUAAGCAGCAAGAUACUACUUACUAAGUUGUGAGGGAAGAAAAAUCCUUAUUGACUAAAUCAGAUGUUUUAUGAUAUCCUCCUUGCCAACAACUUUCUUUGGAUGUUCUCAGGGACGGGGCAAUAGACUGCACAAUGUUUCUGUUAAAUGAUGGUGGUACUGUGUAGUAUGGGAGCUUCAUUUGUUUAUGAGAAGAGGGAAGGUAUCAUGGCUCAUACCUUUUUGAGACUGUAAUAAUAACUUUCAAAGUGCUUUUUAUCCUACUCUGGGACAUAGGAAGUUAAGCAGUUCUAAGAGAACUUUGUUUUUUUUUCCCAAAGGUGGAUUUAUGGAAUGAUAACCCAAGUGCUUUUGCAUACUUAUUUUUUUCUUAGAAGACAUCCAUGGCACUUGUGGCUCUUCCAUGCUGAUGGAGAAGAGAAAGCCGGGAAGCUGCUUUUGUGACUUAAGUUAACCCUUACCUUCAUGGUUCCCCUUUCAUCAACACAUUUCAUAGCUGAAUUGCUUUUAUACACUUUUUCAAUGUAGUUUAUAGUUUUUUUUUUUUUUCUCCCUCUCGCCUUCCCUGGGGGCUCUUUCUCCUUGCUUCCAUGAGAAUGAGCAACGGGAUGAAAUUACAUUAAAAGUCAACUUGGGGAAAAAUAACAACAUGUUGGCUGUGGAAGGGUCUCCCAGGGGAAGUGUCAGAUGCUUCAUUGCAUUUGUUUUUUGUAAUUUGAUUGGAUGCGGUUUUAAAGAAAUCCUGCUGGGAAAAAAUACGGUCCUGAGAAGGGCCACGACCUAAAACAGCUUUGAACCUCAGAAUUUUUGGUUAACUAAUAAAAUCCAAAAAGCGCUUGGGUUGUCCAUUUUAUAAUGCUUUGUCCACAGGUUCCAUGUGCUAGCAAAUAAUAUUGACGUUAAAAUAUCUGUGGUAUUAGCAUUGAAUUCAUAGCUUGUAGAAAUGAAUGAGGGUGUUUUACAAUUGCAGAGCAGCUGCUCUGUGUAUUUCAUGAGAAACGUCUGGAGCAUUUCAAAACCAGUAGAACAUUUUCAUAACUGUAUGAACCAGAAUAUUAUUUUUGCUGAGUGCUAAUAUUUCAUGUGAACUUCAUGAAUUACCAAAAAGUGUGGGGUACUUUCAUCAUGUUUCUGUUUCAACUUGUGACAGUUUUGCUGCAAGAAUGAUGUAUGAAAGUAGAGACAACUUGGCUCUUAAAGGAGAAUUGCACUUUCAAUUAAGCUGGUUUAUUUUUAAUACAUACUGGAAUAAGACUUGCUGUGGUGUUCAAGAAUUUGUGGAACAAACCGGUCAAAUUUUUACUGUAUGCCCAAGUAGUAUUUAUAUGAUAUGUGAUACGUCUGCUUUAGAAGCCCUGAGUCAGGAAAACUUUACAUUUUCCUGAAAACAAGAAUGGAUUUAAGUGCUUUCCUGAGUUAAGGGUAUGUGUAACCUCCUAUUUUAAAUGCAUUAUGUAGUGUUUGACUAAUAGUAAUAAAUUCUCCUAUGUUAAUUUAAGUCUAUUUUGAAUAGGAAACUGUGGAAAAAUAGCUUCUGACUUGCAAUAUUAUAUUUUGUAAUUAUUUUUAAUAUAGUCAUUUAGGAAUAAAGCUUGAAGUGACAAAAAGAA